AUGUGGGACCGGGCCGUUCACCCUCACACCAUCUGGGACCAGGCCGUUCACCCUCACACCAUCUGGGACCAGGCCGUUCACCCUCACACCAUCUGGGACCAGGCCGUUCACCCUCACACCAUCUGGGACCGGGCCGUUCACCCUCACACCAUGUGGGAGUUUGAGCUGGGGUUCACUACGAAGCUCCGUCUGAAGAGCGAGGCUGUUCCCACUCUUGGUCUUCCACGAGCGAGGAAGGAGCUCCCGACGUUGCUGCCCAGCCACGGAGACUUCGGGCGCCACUCUGAGGCGACGACGGUGGUUGUUACGACGCAGCUCAGACCGAUUGAAAGUCUACAACACCAUCAGAAUGUUGUGGCUACAGCCGACAAACCACUACAUGACCCCGGGUGGGUAACCGUGGCCGCCGUGACCAGCACCUGCAGGGCUGGGAAGGCGGACGUCACCCCCAGAUGGAACCGCUUAGAUGAGCAGGGUUGA